UCCUUUGGUUUGCACUUUGUUUAGAGAAAGAAGAAAGGGAAACCAAUGAUUUGUUGUGAUUCCACCACAUUGGCUUGUUUUGGCAUCUUUGAGGAAGCUUAUUAUAUUUAUAUUUAGUGACAUCAACCCAACAGAGAGACUACAAAUUUCUGGGAAAAACAAAAACACCAGCAAAGGGUAUCCAUCAUAGGAGAGGAGGCUGAGGCUGCUCUACAACAAAGUUUAAGGUUUUACUGUAAGAGUGACAAUCUGUGAAAUGGCGAAAUACUGCAAUAUCUAGUAUUUUCACUUGCUAUACACAGAGGGGUUUUUGGGAAGACAUACUAUACGGACCAGAGCAAUUUAGUUGCUUUUGCUUGUCAUUUUUAUUCACGGGAUGACACGAAAGGAUAUGGUGCUGAGUAGGCCAAUAGAUAUGGCAGACCAUAGUCCUAUUGUUGCAGAUGAAUAUUUGCUGCCCCCGACAAACUUUGUAUCGAUUGACUGUCCCGAUUGGAUCAACCUAAGCAACCAAAACGAAAACCAAAAUGAAAACCAAAUCAUGGAUGGACAUGGAAUGUCUCUUCCUUCGGUGCUGCAAGGUGAAGCAAUGAACAGCUUUGUGAGCGUGGCGAAUUUCAGUCAACCCGUUAAUUGUGAGACAGUUAAAGAUUUAUUGGUUGGCAGUUCGUAUCCAAUCAACGGUGCUCCUCAAAUACAGAACGAUUUUCUUCGGGAGAGGACACCACUGUCAGCUGUAUCCCUUGCAUACCUUUUGGCUGCAAGAAAUGGAGCAUAUGAAAAUCCAGAAAAGUUUGAAGCUUCUGCAGCCACGUUACCAUAUUCGACGCAAGUCACAAGAGGUUUAGGUUCAAAUAGCUAUUCCGAUAUUUUCAAUCCCUCGUGUGGAUCUCUUGCAAACCAUGAAUUCAGUGUGUUGCCAGUUGAUAUGAGCAGAAAAUGUGAUUUCGAUAAGUCAAAUGCUCCGCCAGAAAUCAUGGGGACAGUCAUGGGAAGAACAACGGGGUCUCAGCCAUUCCAGUUACCCGGGAACAUCAAUCCCGGGGUGUGGUUCUCAGCAGAAAGAGCGAGUUCAAGUUCUAGUAGCCCAUCUGGCUCGUCCAGAUUUAGUAACGAGCUGUCCCUUAGUCUCACCACAACUCCACCACAGGUUGCCUGUGGAACUUCCAUUCAAGACCAAUUUUCGGAGUUAAGCUGUUCUGGUGUAACCAGCAAUCCUUUCCGGGAAAGGGCAUUUGGAUUAGAACAAGCACCUUGCACUGGCAACAAAAAUCUAUCCUUGAACUUCGAUUCGUAUAAGCCAGUCCAACUUUCCCAAUUCUUAUCCGGAUCGAGAUACCUUGCAGUGAUGCAAGAAAUACUUUCUCAAAUUGCCAAAUAUUCACUUGAAAAUCUUAGUUCAAUAAGCUAUCCAACUAAUUUGACAGAUGACGGUGAGCAUAGUCCAUUUUCUUUGAGCUGCUCUGCUGGAACUGGAAGGGGCCUCGCUGUCUUAGGCUCUGAUCCAUUUCCUUAUGGGGCCCACAGAACUAUAAACCGAGUGGAUGCGGAAACAAAGAGAAAGCAUCUCUUGGCUUUGUUACAAGCGGUUGAUGAUCGGUACAGCCAAUGCUUGGAUGAGCUCCACAUGGUGGUCUCUGCAUUCCAUGCUGUUACCGAGUUACAUCAUCCGACUAGCAUACACACUCAUUUUGCUCUGCAAACUGUCUCGUUCUUGUACAAAAACCUGAGGGAGAGAAUUAGCACUUUCAUUCUUGCGAUGGGAGAACAGUAUUCUAGUUCUUCUUCGAGUACGAGAAAUGCGAGGGAGGAAAAGUCAUUCGAAGCAUCUUUCAUCCAGAAGCAGUGGACGCUUCAGCAGCUAAGGAAGAAAGACCAUCAGUUAUGGAGACCCCAAAGAGGAUUGCCCGAAAGAUCUGUCUCGGUUUUGAGGGCUUGGAUGUUUCAGAACUUUCUUCACCCAUACCCGAAGGACACAGAGAAGCACUUGCUUGCUGUAAAAAGCGGUCUAACAAGGAGUCAGGUGUCGAAUUGGUUCAUAAAUGCGCGAGUUCGGCUCUGGAAACCAAUGAUAGAGGAAAUGUAUGCAGAGAUGAACAGAAGGAAUCAUAAUCAUAAUCAUCAUCAGAAUGAAGAAGAAAUGAAUGGGUGUAGAAACCAAAGGUGUUAGUGAGCUGAGGGUAAAGGAAUCAAUGGUAUAACUGUAUUAUUAUAUGCCAUGCCUGCAUGAGUUGUGCAGAUGAAUGAAAAUAGAUUCAUUUGUCCACUAUAAUUUAUGUAUCUAUCUGUAUAUGCAUGCAUCCCAACCCCACCACCCCUAUUGAUUCAGCUAUGUAUCUCCAGCACUAGCAGAUAAUUGUAGUAAGUCUUAAGCUGUAUGAGCAUGAGCAUGUAUGUUUUUGCUUGGUAUUCAUAUGUAUCCUCCACAUACCUUACCCGGGAAACUACUAGGUGGCCUGCAGGGAUAGCUCGAUUGGUUCUUGGAUGAUAGGUCGAUUGGUUCUUGGAUGAUAAAAUUACUAGGUGCGUGCAUAGACGCAUUGUAUUGUAUUCAUGUGUGUUAGUUUGCUGAGAUGACUUCAAAAUAUUAUAAUAAAAACCUAUACAAUUUUGAA